AAGCCACACCCACUUUUCCCAUUCUUGGAUUUUCCCUCCCGCAACACUUUGAUCGACCUCAGGAAAUUGAUUUCGGACUUUCCAUAAAUUUCAGCACCUUCCCAUAAUAAUGAACGCCGAAGAAGCUUGGAAUCUGGCAUGUGGCAAUCUGAAAGGCGCUGAUUUGUGGUGGGUUAAAAUCAAGGAGUUGUACCAAUGUCCGAGCAGACAUUAUCACAAUUUGGCCUUCUUGGAUCGCAAGUUCCAAAUACUGCACGAAAUAGGUGCAGCGUCCGACCUGAAUGCCGUGGUCAUCGCAAUAUUUUUUCAAUACUUCGAAUAUGAUGCCCAGAAUCGGUCAAGCACAAUGAACAUUGCUCACUUCCAAGAAUUUGCCUCGGAAUGCGAGUUGCCUGAAGAAUUGAAAGGCAAAGUAUCUGCUUUACUGGCUGGAGACGAGGAGCAAAAUAGGCAUGAAAGCGAUGUUCAGCUUCUGCAAGAUCUGGAUAUGUCGUUUUUGGGUUUUAACGCGGAUGCUUACUCCGAUUUCAUCAAACUGGAGAGGAAAGAAUACGAGUUUAUGUCAGACCAUGCUUACGAAACUAUGCGACGAAAGGUGCUACAAACAUUCCUCUUGAUUCCAAACAUAUUCUUGACUGCAGCUUUCCAGAACCGCUUUGAAGCACAAGCAAGAGCCAACAUUGAAGCUGAAGUGCAAUCACUUGGAAAUUGAAAAGAAAAAACGAUAUCUUAAAUUUCUAGUUCAAACCACAAGAAGGAUGUUCUGAUUUUGUGAUCUUUUUCAUUCCACUCUAGUCAUUUAAUACAAUUUUUUUCAUGUUGAGAAAAGUUUUUGUGAUAUUUAAAUUAUAUUUCCAGUUAUUAACUUACAUUAAGUACUAUAAGCGAGUGUAGCCAAAUAUCGUCAGAAUAAAAAUGCCAACACUUAAGAGGAA